AUGGGUGCCACUGCCUCUUCUUUCUGGGCUUCCCUGCCCUCUGGGGCUGACCUCUACCCGCUAACCCCCGAAGCCUGGCACGUCGUACUAAACGGCUUCCAGUACUUCCCCCUGGUCACCACCCUCCAAUGGCUGAUCUCGUGGCACCCAGCUGGCAAAACCUCCCUGCGCUCCUCGAUCUUCAACCUCCCAGGCAGCCUGGCCUGGUGCGCCAUGGAGAUCGUCGGCCCCGUCAACCUCCUCUACAGCCUGACGCGCCCAUCGCCCACCUUGCCCGCGCUCGCAGACCUGCCCACAAUCAACAAGCUCGUCGCCGCACUCUACUGCAUCCACUACUUCAACCGCGCGAUCAUCUCGCCCCUCUUCGCCGCGCCCAGCAUGUCCCCCAUCCAUGUCUUGGUCAUGGCCAUGGCUAUGGGCUUUAACUGGUUCAAUUCGUCGUGCAUUGCCGGCUGGUUGCGCGGCUAUGCGCUUCCCGUCCCGGGGUACACGACUGACGGCACCGGCGCGGGUCUGGCGACUUCCUACCCCGUCGUCACGGAUAUACUCCCCGUGGUAGGUGUUGCAGUGUUCGCAAUCGGCAUGGUAGGCAACAUCUACUCCGAGCGCAAACUAUUCCAGCUCCGUCGCGAGUCCGCCGCCAAACAAUCCGCCAAGAAGUCCGACGAUGCCGAUAGCAAGACCACAACCAAGUGCGCAAAGAUCUAUGUCAUCCCGCCCCGCCAAGGCGUCUUCCGCUACAUCCUUUACCCGCACUACGCCUUCGAGUGGCUGGAGUGGGCAGGUUUCGCGCUCGCCGGCACAGCCGUCUUCCCUCUCUCCCCGACUAGUGCGUCGCUCGCAACCAGGAGCGAGCUCGUCGCGCCCCCGCUUACCCUCGCGCCCUGGCUGGUCCCCGCGGCGUGGCUGGCGGAUUGGUUGGCGGUGCCGCUGCCUUUCCCGGGGGUGUUGUUUGUUGUCAAUGCUGUUGCGAAUAUGCUGCCUCAUGCUCGUUGGGGCCGGAAGUGGUAUGUUGAGAAGUUUGGGGAGGAGGCGGUUGCGGGCAGGGGGGCUGCUGUGCCGGGGUGUGCGUGGAUGUAA